UCGCUUUCAUGGGAUACAACUUCUGCAAGCAGCAGUUCUUGGGGGCCAAGCUCUGCUCUUAGUAACAAGCGACGGACCCGGAUGCUAAACAAAGGUAUCCAAGCAGGAGACUUGGAGAUUGUGAACAGUGCAACUAAGAAAAACACUCGAGAUGUUGGUGUGACUUUUCCUACCCCAAGAUCUAGCCAGCCAAAUCACCGGCCACAGGAACCCUGGCAUUGUGUUGAUGGUAUUUUUGGGGAGUCAGAUGGUAUGGUCACAGAUCAUCAAGCAGCAGGAACCAAGGGUAAGCAGAAGGGACAGCCGGGCAAUUUUUUCGUGGAGAAAAGGAUGAAAAGGAGCAGGCUGCAUUUACCACAAGGGAUUUCAUGGUUCGUCCAAGCAGAAGACUUGAAAUCUGAAUCUAGGAAAGAAAACCACUCCAGUGCCUUUUCUGGUCCUGGUCCAUCUUGGUUUGAACCAUUGACCAGCACAAAACCUUGGAGAGAGCCUCUCCGAGAGAAGAACUGGCAAGAGCAGCAGCACAGCAACAUGAUUCAGCCAGCAGUUCCAGAAAGAGAUGCUGACAACAGGUCCUCGCGGCCGUUUGUGAAGCUUACGCUACAGGAGGCUCUUGCAGCGCAUCGCCCUGAUUUCCUCUCCCGCUCUGGAGAGCGUGUGAAGCACCUGAAGCUUGUAAUGGAGGAAAGGAGGAUACAGAGUGUACUGCAGUCUGAACGAGAAGAGCUAUUUAAUCCUCCGGAGAAAAGAAAGGGCUACAGGAAUGCAAGUCACACACUGUCUGACAGAGGUUUUCCGAUUAGAGAAAAGAGAAGAACAAUUCCAAAGAGUGAAAUGGUUCAAAGGUCUAAACGGAUCUAUGAGCAGCUGCCAGAGGUGAAGAAGAAGCGAGAGGAAGAGAAGAGAAAAAUGGAAUACAACUCAUACCGCCUGAAAGCACAGCUUUACAAAACAAAAAUCACCAACCGUGUCUUAGGGAGGAAGGUGCCUUGGAACUGAUAAAGAUCUUCCGUUCAAAUGAAGAUGUAUUGCGCUUAGUAAACUUGCAGCAUAAAGGAGAUUGUGAUGUGAAAAAGAUAAUGCAGUAAAUACUUGUGCAGUGUAUGUUUUGUGGUAUUCACUUGUGUCAUUUUUGUACUAACCAAAUCUUGCUGUAUUUAAGAAUCAAUGAUUUGACGUGAAUGACAGGUUUUUAAAUAAAUGGCUGUUUUUUGUAGUGGUGUUACGCUCUUCCAGAGUAAACAUAGUUUGGAAGUACUUGGUUCAUAAUAUGUUUGUAACUACCUGAUUGGAAUAGCAGUUUUAAUAUAUUUAUUU